AUGGCGGUACAAUGGGCUCUCAUAUUGAAUGGCCUUGAUUCUUGGUAUUACAGAGGAAAGAUCCAGAUCAAUUUAAGAAGCCUCGUUUACGCAGAGAUGUGCACUGUGCCAGCUCUCAUCUCAAUUGGAACAGUUCUGGGAAAGACAAACCCUGUUCACCUGGUUUUAAUUGCAUUGUUCGAAGUCUCAGGAUUCGUUCUCAAUGAGUGGCUGCUCCAUAAUUUUGUGAAGACCCAACCCUCAAACAGCAUCAUGCUGUUACACAUACACGGGGCCUUUUUUGGGCUCAUGCUGACCUGGUUUUUGUAUAGAAAAGGAUCAGAAAAGCCGUUUGAGAAGGAGAAACUAUCUCGCAACUCAGGACUAUUUUCCAUGCUUGGAACAUUGUUCUUGUGGAUGUUUUGGCCCAGCUUUAAUUCCGUCCUAGUUGACAAUUAUCCACAGGGGAGAAAGCUUGGGGCAGUGUGCAGUACCUACCUGUCCUUGGCUGUCAGUGCUACUACGGCUGCUUCUGUGUCUGUGGCAACAAGCCCUAAGGGGAAACUCAAUCUAGUCCAGAUCCAGUCAAGUAUACUCGCUGGUGGUGUUGCUGUCGGAGUGGCUAUGCCAGUAGUGCACCAACCGUGGGAAGCCAUGACUAUAGGAUUUCUUGCUGUGGUUUUAUCAACAAUUGGGUACAGAUAUCUGAAGAGCCACAUGGUUCUUGUAUUCCAGUGCCAUGACACCUGCUCUGUCCUGAGCACACAUGCGCUUCCUGGUCUCCUGGGGUGGCUGGCACAGUUCCUGCUGUUAAAGGACUUUGAUGAUCACAACACGGCAAUUCGCUUUGCAGUAUUUCACAUAACCAGUCUUUUCAUCACCUUGAGUAUUAGCCUAUCCACAGGAAUAAUAACAGGGGUUCUACUGAAAUGGAAGUUCUGGAGACCACCCCAGGACCAAAAAUGUUUUGAUGAUCAGGCAUAUUGGGAGUUCCCCCACCUCGUAGUGGUAAAAUAA